GUACAAGCAAUGGUAGCGUGGUAUUCACGACAGCUGUGGAAUUCUGAAUAGCAAUAUUAUACGCAAGGAAAUGUAAAUAAAACGAGCUUGCGAUCUUCCUGGGAUGUAUCUCUGACGUAGGGAGGAAAGUGACACCAAUUUAGCUUAUACCUCUUCCUGACAGCUACUUGGGUGAACUCAGUUCAGUAACUGGCUGCUGGUGGCAAAAUCACUGCGGUCGAUCGGUGCUUGGAGAAAGCUGCAUACGGUAUAUAUACCGCUGGUCUGUCAUCUUCCCCACCAGCGUGAAGCGAUCCCACGGAUUUUUGCGACUGGCAAGCACUCUAUCUAUCCUACAUUGGGAAAAAGAAAAAAGAGAGACAUCUGGUAGGAGAUCAGCACCUUGAAAACAGCUGAAAUGAAAUGAGGCUCAGAAAUUCAUCGGCUGCGAUCGUGGUUAUGCUCCUUUCCUGUUUUCUAAGCCUGUCUUGGUACACAGCCUGGCAAAAUGGAAAAGAGAAGCUGAUGACUUACCAGCGGGAGUUCCACGCCUUGAGAGAGCGCCUCCGCGUGGCAGAGCACAGGACAUUGCAGCGCUCCUCUGAGCUCAGCAGCAUCCUCGAGCAGUUCCGGCAAACCAUCAUAGACAGCAGUGGCAGCAAGCAAACUAAUACAAGCACCUCAGGUGACUACGAGACCCAAAACCUGCUGAAGGCUCUCACCCACAAGGAGCUGCUCCAGGUGCCUAAUGUCUACUACCAUGUACCUCAUCUCUUGAACAAUCCGGAGAGCCUUUACCCGGUGGUGCGAGUGGGGCAGGGCCGGACUGGAGUGUCCAUAGUGAUGGGGAUCCCCACGGUGAAAAGGGAGGUCAGGUCCUACCUGGCGGAGACACUGCGCUCUCUCAUCGACAGGCUGUCACCUGAAGAGAAGCUGGACUGUGUCAUCGUCGUCUUUGUUGGGGAGACGGACACGGACUACGUGAAGAGUGUCGUCGAGGGGCUGCAGAAGCAUUUUACCAGCGAGUUCAGCUCUGGAUUGCUAGAGGUCAUCUCCCCUCCGACCAGCUACUACCCCGACUUGAACAACCUGAGGGAAACCUUUGGUGACACAAAGGAGAGAGUCAGGUGGAGAACGAAACAGAAUUUGGACUAUGCUUUCCUGAUGAUGUACGCGGUGAACAAAGGUCUUUAUUAUGUACAGCUGGAAGAUGACAUCGUUGCCAAGCCAAACUACUUUGACACCAUGAAGACGUUUGCGCUGCAGCUGUCUUCUGAGGAAUGGAUGAUUCUGGAGUUUUCUCAGCUAGGUUUUAUUGGGAAGAUGUUCCAGUCCCCUGAUCUCAACCUGAUUGUGGAGUUCAUCUUAAUGUUCUACAAAGAGAAACCUAUCGACUGGCUUCUAGACCACAUCCUGUGGGUGAAAGUUUGCAGCCCAGAGAAGGAUGAUAAGCACUGUGAGAGACAGAAGUCCAGCCUUCGGAUACGCUUCAGACCGUCCCUUUUCCAGCACGUCGGGCUGCACUCCUCCCUAACGGGAAAAAUCCAGAAAUUGACAGAUAAAGACUUCCUGAAACCGCCACUCCACAAGAUGCACGUGAAUCCGCCUGCAGAGCUUUUCACAUCCAUGAAGAUCUACCAAGGUCAUACUUUGGAGAAAAGCUAUCUGGGUGAAGACUACUUCUGGGCCACCGCUCCUCUGGCGGGUGACUACAUUGUCUUUAAGUUUGACCAGCCUGUUAGUAUUGAACGGUACCUGUUUCGCAGCGGAAAUGAGGAGCAUCCUGGAGACCAGAUAGAAAAUACCAGCAUUGAGGUCUUACCAUUCUCGGACAAGGAACUGCAGAUAGAAGACAAAUAUAAACGAACAGAAGACAAAUUUUACAUUAUUGGUCAGUUUACAAAGGGCUUGGCAGAAGCUGUGGUAGACCCUAUCUUUAACCCUGUGGCGGCAUUGCGUCUCACCAUGACCAAGAACUCCUCUUUUUGGGUUAUUCUGAAUGAGAUUCACAUCAAGAAGCUACCUCGCCAUUAAAGGGGGUGGCAUUACGAUAAUCAGCGGUGAUGGUGAUUGGGCAGAAAGCUCCACCAAUCCUGGUGACGUCACUCUACCUCAAGGAUUCGUCAUGACAACUGGCAGCAGAACGACAAGCACGUAAAUGGACAGAGAAGCAUUUCCACAGUGGCGGAAAUGUUGCUGCAGCUCAGAGACAAAUGCUGGUGAUGGCCAAAUGAAGUUUCAUGAACUAUUUGCUGUAUUUUCUGACCCCACUAGAUGGUGCUCUCUGUUCGUAGUAAGGCUUUAAGCAUGCCCCACAGCAAACCAAGAUCGCCAUCUAGUGGGCUUAAAAAGUGCAGCAAAUGGUUCAUGAAGUUUCAUUUGCCCGUCACUAGCAAAUGCAUGAACCCGCUGUGUUUGGUGGACUAAAGUGCUGUAUGUUCCAUGUCACACCCUCAUCUAUAUGUGCAGGGAAAGUACCUGGACAGCUUUCAGACUAGCAGACUGGGUCCUAUUGUAUAAACACAUGACUGUCUGCAUACUGAUUACUGCCUUUUUCAGAAAAGUGGAGGUACUGAAAAACAAACACAAGGACUGUUUUUUUUUUUCCUUUUUGAUAAUUUUGUGUUUAGUUUGCAAAAGUAACUGAUCAGUUCCAUGCAAUUUGCACCUGAAGUGGCAGUAGGGUUUUUCACCAAAGUGUUACAGUAAUGGCUCAAACCUUUUUUUUAUUUUUUUUUGGGGGGGGGGGGGGGGGGGGGGGCUAGCAUUUGAUAUUUUGUACAUGUUCAGAAAGCUAAUAGUAUGCAAAGAUAAUGUGAACUGGGAGGUGUUUUAUACUUCUGUGUUAAUGUGAUGUACCUGCCUUUUUAUGGUAUCAAUAUUUUCAUUUACGUAAUUUAAGAAACAGCAGAAUUUAGGCAUAGCCUGCAGUUCAGUGUGUUCAACGGAAGGGAUAUAUUAUCAGGACAAAUGAACAUAAUGUAUUUUAAUUGUAUAGUAUAAAUAGUCAUAUCAAAUUUUUUAAUGUGUAAAGUUUGUAAAGUGUUUUGCUUAAACUUAACUUUCUUAAAGGUAGUGUCUGAUUUUUCUGUAUACUAUUGAUGAGAGCAUGUUAAACCACAGUUCGCGUAGAGACCAUUUCAGACACUACCUAGUAAGUGUAAUGAGGUCUUUAAUCACUUAAUGACAGUCGUGCCAUUCACACAUGUGCUGUUGUAUACUUUUCUGCUCUGAAUGAGAAAAUGAUUCAUAUCACCAGUUUUAUUGUCUCCACGCUGCCUGUAAUUUUUUCUAAAUCUAAUUGUAAGCAUUUUUAAUUCCUGUUACAUUCCAUGACAAGUCAUGACCAAAACUGCAAGUCUGAUCAUAUUUUUCAGAAUGUUUUUUUUUUGCUAGUAACUCCAGCAGUGCAUUCUGCCUUGCAUGUACUGUCAUAAGUGUGAAGCAGUUUUAAUGGUGGAACGUUGACUGUAAACUGCAUUGACAUUUAUAAGGCCUAUCUGCAGGUUAAACGAGUUUACAUGUAAAUUAGAGUAUGGGCAGCUUAUCAACAUUUUUAAUGUUUGUACUGAUCAAGAAAAGCACAAAUGUCUAUAGCCGUGUUCUUCGGAUAUUAACAUUGGUUUGAUUAGUGGACACCCUGUGCCGACACACCCGACUGUAUUUCACGGAGAUUCUCUCAGCCCACCGCUGAUAAGUUAAGUCCUUCACCUUCCCUCCCACGUCCACAUUUUGGGAUACAGCUUUCAAAUAAACUGAAAAAUCUUUA